AAAAUGGAGGAACAGUCUUUCUGGGGUGUUGAUGGAAUAGAAGAAGAUGAAGAGGAGCUUGAGGAUACUGAAGUAGAGAAUGCAGGAAAAGUGCUUCCGUCUGCAAAGCCUGGCAACUUCUUGACAAAAAGGGGUAUCACCUUGAGGGUACUUUUGAAGGAUGGUUUAAUAGAACCAGGCCUAGGAGUCCUGUCUAUUCACUACCUGGGAAGGAAGUUCCUUGGCGACCUCUUAGCAGAUGGAAAAAUUAUAUGGCAAGAGAGUGGGCAGGCAUUUAAUUCUCCCAGUGCAUGGGCCACACAUUGCAAGCGAUUAGUUAAUCCUGCUAAGAAGUCUGGCUGUGGAUGGGCUUCUGUCCGAUACAAAGGACAGAAAUUAGACCAAUACAAAACUGCCUGGUUGAGACAGAAUCAAAUACAUGGCUCAGUUACUGAAGGAAUCCCAUUAAGUGAAGGGGAGGAAGAUGAUCUUGAGGAGGAAGAACUGGAUUGUCGGUUUGGAAAGAUAGUUAACUUGGAACCUGCUAGCAGCAAUAAACAGGUUCAACGAUGCAACCAAUUUGAUAUUCGAACCCCUGUGAGAUUUUCCACACUAGGAAGUCGAGACUCCACAAGGGACCCACAUACCUUGGUUCAGCUUACCUCUUUUAUGGCGAUAAACAAGUUUCAGCCUUUCCAUGUAUCCAUUUGCAGUAACGCUCUUCUUCUUCUGGAUUUCCAUAGCCAUCUGACACAAAGCGAAGUAGUGGGAUAUCUUGGAGGUCAAUGGGAUACAAACAGCCAGUUACUUACUGUGCUCCGAGCCUUUCCCUGCCGUUCUCGACUGAGAGACACAGAGACCGCUGCUGCAGUAGAAGAAGAGAUAUGUCAUAGUCUCUACCUUCAUGGUUUGUCUUUGGUUGGAUGGUACCACAGUCACCCUUUUAGUCCUGCUUUGCCAUCACUGCAGGACAUUGAAGCUCAAAUGGAUUAUCAACUCAAACUGCAGGGUUCAGACAAUAGCUUCCAACCAUGUCUUGGCCUGAUAUGUGGACCAUAUUUCCAUAGGAACCAGGGAGUGCAAUCUACAAUAUCUCCCUUCUGGGUUAUACCUCCAGCUGAGCACCGUCCAAAUGAUUAUGGGAUGCCCAUGGAGGUGGAAGUAACAUACAUACAAGACAACUUCUUAACCAGCGAUAUCCUACAUGACAUGAUAUUGCUUGUUGAGUUCUUUAAAGGUGGACCAGACCAAAUAUUGUUUCAAGACUUAUGGAAUGAAGAGAAGACAUUUUUGGACAAAAUAAAGGGAUCUUUAGGUAGUCGGACUCCUAAGGAGCCAGGAUAUGAGACAGUUCUUGAUCAAAUUUACUCACUUCUGUCACAACUGGGUUGAUAUUCUCCACUCUGCAAGAAACUUUAUGUGUUUUAAAAAUGGACUGUGCACAGGAA